AUGAAGGUCAACGCUGCCUCCAUCGCCCUGGCUUGCUUUGCUGGCAACGUCAUUGCAGCUCCCACUGUCGGCUCUUCCGCCAUCCAGAACGUCCAGAGCGUCCAUGUUCCCUCUGUCCCAGCUGUCAAUGCUGGAAGCCUGAGCAAGAGAAACGAGGACCUUGUGGCUCAGCUCAAGGAGGCUCUGCAGGCCACCUCAGUCGUCUCCCGAGACACCCCGCUCGCUGACCCUGCCGGGCUGACCAAUAUCCUCUCAAACCUCCUCAACAAGAUCCUCGACGUUCUCUCCAAGGUCCUCGGAGAGUGCGCUGGAAACACUUCCCUCAACCUGCGCGAGGUGUCUGAGAUCUCCGACCUCCGCCAGAUCCUCAACAAUCUUGAGAUCGUCAAGCGCGAUGUGUCAGACCUCACAGACACAUCCGUCGCACCUGGCCUCGAUCUCCAGCAGAUCGUCCAGCGCGUCAUCAACAUCCUCAAGGCCCUCCUGGGAUCCUGCAACAGUGCAGGAACCAGCGCUGCCACCAACGAGCUGAGCGGCCUUACAGGCCAGCUCCAGAGCAUCCCCAACAUCUCCCUGGGCCCCAACCCCCUCCUAAACAUCCACCCCGAUGCCCUGAACUCGCUCACCGGCGUCAUUGGCAAGAUCGGCACCCCCAGAAACCCCCUCGGCCAGGGCGCUGCCCCUGACCUGCUCGGACUCGAUGGCAUCGUGUCCGGCCUUGGCCUUGGAAGCCUUGGUCUCCUUGGUGGCAGCAGCGCGGCCCCUCUGGGCAACACCCUCGGAUCCUUGACCGGCGGCAGCGCCCUGACCAACCGACUGGGCGGCGGCAGCCUGGGCAGCAUCCUCAGUCUCGGCCUCGGUGGCCCGCUCGGAGGCCUGGGCGGCGGUCUCCUGGGAGGUCUGGUCAACCCUCUCGGCUUUUUGACCUUCCUCAAGCGUGAUAUGGAGACGGGCGAGAUCGCUGCUGGUGAGGCACCAACUCUCGUCGAUGCCCUCCACAGCGUCUUCGGCUACGCCGGCUCUGGUGGCCCCAUUGGCAACCUGGUCGACAAGCUGAUCGCCUUCCUUGGCUUCGGCGUCAAGCAGGACAUCGAGGCCCGCAGCAGCGCAACUGACUCUCUCAUCCCGACCGAGGAGCUCGUCGAGAACGGGUCUCUGUCCGCCGUCGGCCUCCUCGCCGUCCUUGUUGAGCUGGCCCAGAACGGCGAUAUCAGCCAGUUCGACGCCAUGGAUAAGCCAGCCACCCAGUAA